AUGUGCUGUGCAAAGUGGACAUUUUUGCUUCGAUCGCACUGGAGCAAGAUGAAAGGCCUGUACAUUGUUACACGAUACCUCCCCUUUAUCAUUCUCGCUAUGGAUAUAUAUAGGGGAUUUACUCUGAAUGAAAACGCAGAUAAAUGCCUGGUGUUGGACAAUGCUGAACUAGGUCUUAACCUAGUAUUGGUCAUUUUCUCCAAAUGUAUCUCUUGUUCCCCCAUACUAUGUCCAUGCUCUGCACCUUUUUCAUGCAUCAACCAGACUUUUAUUGGGGCCUCCACCGGCCUUACCUUCGCUACUACUACUCCCGCAACAUAUCCAACUAGCGCAAUCCCAGGCCUCACAGGGUGCUACCAAAGUUCCACCACUUUCCGGUUCUUCAUACCAUUUCUUCUCUUUUCCAUGUUCGAUCUGGGUGUUCUCCUCAGUUCUCGUAAUCCUCACGCUCAUACGCGCCAUACACAGCUGGCAGAUAAACCCAAAUUGACUCAUAUUAUGCAUGCGGUCUUUUGUUCUUGGUGGCGAACAUAUUCACAUCACUGCUCCUCCAUUUUCCAGUUCAUGAUCCUUGCGACCCUCGCCAUGCGCAUGCACCUCCAUCUCUGGCAGAUGAACCAACAUCCACACAGCUCUAGUGCCCUAGUGCAUAUUCCAAUGUCCGACAUCUCAUUUGCAAAUCCCACCACGGCGUGA